AUGCCUGAGUCCAUCGACCUCUCAGAGUCUGCACUCUUUUCAUUGUAUGCCCGAUAUCCUGAAAUCAAGUUUGAGUCCAGCCAGGAAUUACUGGUCACCGAUGAGAACUUCUCGUCGCCAUGUUCGAAUGUUACUGAUCGUGAUGAUACUCAAAUUUCCAGGGAAUCAGAGUCGACAGCCUACACUACACCUCUCCGUUCAAAGCCUUCCUUUGUUGAGCCUGCCGAGGGGCCGGAGGGGCCCAAUCUAGCCGAGUUCCUCGAGCAAGUUCGAGACGCACGCCUGCCAGAUGUCUGCAAGAAUGGCUUCAGUGAUCUGGCAAGGAUGAUCGAGGAUCUCAGCUUUCUGCUGUCGCAUUCGCGUUCCCAGACAUUGGAGCAGCCGCUCAGACUGGACAAGCAAGAGAUCUUGCGCCAAAGCGACCCAUUACUGAAGCUGCUCCGGCGCGCAAAUUUGAAUGUCAAAGACGAAGUCAACAAAGUCUCUUGCAUUAAAGGUCUGGCACCCUUCAUGGUGAUCCCUUCUGAGCAUGAUCUCUGGUCUAAUUACCGACAAAUGGCCCGACUGAUUGUUGAGUACACUGCGCUUCCAUGCCGGACAGAGCAGAAACUCCUCGAAGCGCUAGCGCACCUAUUUGAUGCCUACGUAUACCAUCCUUUUCUCGAGCUUCUUGCUGUUGAAGCUAUCGACCAUGAGACCCAAGACCGAAUCAACGAGCUCUACGACGCUCUCAUGUCGCUUCUUGCCAACUACAAGAUAUGGUGCAGAGGAAUGGUAGAUAUCAAGCAAACCUACAUGGUACCGACACGACGAGCAAUACGGAAUUCUCCGAAAGUGAUGCAGGAAAUAAGGGAGAUGGAAGCAAGCAAAACAGCAGCUAGAGCGGCUAUAGGAAGACCAGAGGCACCAGGAAUGCAACCUGCGGAUGAGAGACUCAUCCAGGAGCUCAAUCUAUCCACCAGUCGCAGGCAAUGCACAGUACCUCCAAGGAACAGACGCAGAUAUCGAAGGGAGCAUACAGUCUAAGACGACUCAGUUGAGGGUUAGUCAUGAGGUUUCACGACGAUGCAUGCGCCAUGCUCCAAUAUGUAAGAUGGAAGAUGGCUGUAGAAGAGACUUGGAGGAUCAAGUUCUUCGCUCACAAUGUUCCCAUGUGGCAGCAAAAAUUUGUAAAGAUUGGCCUUUCUCCUCUGAU